AUGGAUGUUAAUCCAAUCUUUGGGCCUGUCUCGCUCAGGAUUCCCCUCAAUGCUACGGUUGCGCAAGCUGUACACAAUGGUCACUGGAACCUACCUCCUGCUAGAUCUGAUUACGCAGAGACGCUACAAAUUGUUUUAUCAACAACUGAAGUUCCAAGUCAAUCCAAAGGCAAUGAUGUCUAUCUAUGGCGAGCUCGGUCUGGUGGUUUUGGUGCGUCUUUCUCUUCUCCGGCUACGUGGGAGAGGCUUCGUACUCCUAAGCCGCAAGUCCAAUGGCACUCAGCGGUGUGGUUUAAGGAGGAGAUACCCCGGUUUUUGGCGUCUCCUCCUCCUUCUGUCGCAGCAGUGGUGGAUCUCUGUCGUCAGCUUCAAGGUCCGCAUGCAUCUAGGGUUGCAGUGGUGAUGAAGCUUCUCAAUCAAGUCAUUAUCUACAACCUAUGGCGUGAACGGAAUGCCUGCAUAUUCAGAGACGUAUCGAUGACUCAGGAGGCAUUCUACAAGGUGGUGGAUCGCGGCAUGAAGGAUCGGUUGCUGUCUCUCCCGUCGGUCUCUGCUUCCUCUCCCUCGCUUCUCGAAUUGUACUUUUGGUUUGUCUCCCCCUAUAGUUAA